CUUGUUGUCGACUCUCCGCUUGUCCCUUUCGUUGGUCCCAUUGUCCAGGUCCAGAACAAAUUGCUUCUCCGCAGGUUUACCGCUGUCAUGUUGUACGAGCUGAUUGCAGUUGUCCGCCCCGGCAGCCUCCACGAGGUCCGCGAUAUCGCCCGUAAUGCCGGUGUCCAGGUCCUGCGCGCCGGCGGCGUAGUCCGCGGCUACACCAACUGGGGCACCUUCACCCUGCCCCGGCCGACCACGAAGCACCAGGCCCGCUACCACGAAGGUCACCACUUCAUCAUGCGCUUCGACUCCUCUGGUGCUGUCCAGCAAGCUGUCCAGCGCACCCUCGGUCUCGAUCCCCGUAUGAUCCGCUUCUCCGUGGUGAAGCUGGGCGACAAGCUGGAGGAGAUCAAGGACGUGGAGGGCAAGGUGGACUGGAACAAAUACCGCCCGCUCACCGACUCCAUCUGAUCGAUGGUGUGGAACGGUUAAUUUGCACUUAUUAUUGAUGUUCGCGACGAGAAACAAAAGAGCCGGGUGAUCUUCGUUUGGGUUGCCCCCGUGGCGCAACGCGUCUAGAUCGUUAUUGUAUCAUAUUUGGGAUGGGUGUUCUUUUCUUUUUGCUUUUGUGUCUUUGUUGUAUAUCAUAUCAGCAUCCUUGGCGCAUAUACCUGAACUGGCAGAUUUUCGGCCAAUACCGAUGGCGAGAUCAAUUCACUUGAGUUUGCUUAUGG